AUGGGUUGCAGCAUCUGUCUCGACGACUUUGAUCAAGCCGACGGCAAUGAGCGUCGCGCCACCGCCCUCGCCUGCGGUCACAUCUUCCACUACGACUGCCUCACCACUUGGUUCUACGGUCCCAACCGCGCUCCCGGCUACAUCUCGCCCAAACGAUGCCCGCUCUGCUCCAUCUCAGCCGAUCCUCGCAAGAUGGUCAAGCUCUAUCCCUCCGACGGCGACGAGCUCACAACCUACCUCUCCGGACAGCACCUCCACGAGGUGAUCCCGCUCGGCAGCCUCGGCCAGCACGUCCCCGACAACGCCGACCUCUCCCGAAACCACAAGGAACUGCUCGGCAACCUCCUCGACUUCACCCAAGCCAUACAGCAAUUCGCCAUGGCCGCUCACUCCUUCCGCCACGAACUCACCCUCAAAGCAGGCGUCAAGGUGCGCAGGCUCAUCCAAGUCCUCACCACCGACUCCAACGACCUCUCCCUCCGCGAGUUCCUCCGCGCCAUCGAUGCGCUCGAAUCGGCCACAGCAGCCACGCACAAGAUCAAGUCCGACUUUGAGCUCAAGUCCAAGCAAGCCGCCGACGUCUCCAAGCAUCUCACCCGAACACAACACACUCUCGACGAGCACGAGAGGCUGCUCGACGAGCACGCCGAAACCCUCAAGGCCAGGCAGGCUCAGGUGGAGACCCAAUCGCAUCACGUCAACACCUUGAUGCAGCAAGUCGACGGAUCUGCCAAGCACAACCAGGAGCGCGCCAAAGAGCUCGAGCUGCGCGAGAGGCAGCUGCGUACGCGCGAGCGCGAGAUGUUCGAAAAGGUGCGCAGGGAGCGCAUCGAGAACAAGGAGAUGGUCGGCCGCAUGCACGCCACCACCACCGCACAGAUCAGCCUGAUGCACACGCAGGUCAACGACGCACGCGCAAAGUGCCAAGAAGCCGAGCGUCAGCGCGACCUCGCCCAUACCAAGAGCUGCGAGCUCGCCGCACAGCUCACGCAGCUCAAGCAGCGUUUUAGCUCGCACAGACGCUCCUCCCCCGGCGACGAAGCAUCGCGCCCGUCCCACAAAGCCUCGCACGAUGCACGCCGCAUCCGGGCCCUCGAGGCGCGCCUCGCCUCGCAGACCGCGCAGCUCGAAGCGGCGGGCAUUGCGACGCCCGAGCACCGGCUGAAUCGCGGGCGUUCCGCACGCAAUGCCAUCGAGUUAAGCUCCAGCAGUCCGCCGCCGGACGCCGACGACACGCCCACCACGCCGCGCGACAAUGCGCCUUCGCCCAGCCGCACACGCAAGGGCAAGCAGCGCGCGCGCUUUUCACUCUCCGUCGAGCCGCUCAACCUCGACGACGAGACGGACGAGACCUUGUUUCCCAUGCCUGGCUUUGGCGCGAUGCGCACCACCCGGCCGCCCCGCCCGCCGCUCGCCGCCAACCCACCCACGGCCAACACUGCGCAGGAUGACGAGGAUGCGGCCAACACUGCGCAAGACGACGAGGAUGAUGACGGCGGCGACAAUUUCGCCGGCUCCUCUCGCCCACUCAAGACGCGCAUCAGUCCCGCUGCGGGCUCGAGCCGUGCCAUUGGCCUUGCUGGCCGUCUCGCGCGCCGACGUGACGCUGCUGCCCCCGGCGAGUUCGACUGGCUCACCAAGAGCGCCGCGCUCAAACUUGGCCCCAAGCACCGGCCGAAGCACUAG